UUAGGAGGUUAAAAUAACAUCUAUUUUUAGUAACAAUCCUAGAAAAGAUGCCUCUUGUCAAGAGGGCUAUCGAGCCUGUCUUUGUUUGUCGCUCUCAACUCAACGAGAAGAUCAAGAAUGAAUUGGAGGGAGUUGUCGUUAACUCAUUGUCUGGUCUCAUCCUUCAAUUGAGCAGUCUCUCAAAGCAUGCGGAGAACUUGUUCGGUGAGCUAUUCAAUGAGGCCAAUAAUAUCUUUCAACGUUCAACGACUCUCACUCGUCGUGUUGGGGACCUCAACAAGUCACUAAAGCAAAUGGAUGCCACCGUAAAGGAAGAAGUUAAAGUGGAAGAUAUUAUAUCAAUGACGCAUUUCAAGAGCAAGCAUAUGGAGGAUCAGCAAAUCCUUUCUCGUCAGACUCUGCCCACAGCAGUGUACGAGUCAUACACAUCCUGUGACCAGCCUCCUGCUCUUAAUGAUUUCACUCAGUACAGAGACGAUGGAAAGGAAGGACUCAAGUUUUAUACUGAUCCUAAUUACUUUUACCGUCUUUGGGUUGAAGCACAGAAUGAGCUGCUGGAGAAGAAAAAGAAAAGAGUAACCAAACUUUAUGCUGAAGAGAAAAAGAAGCGUCGUCGUAAUCGUGACAAUCAACCCAAGAAAGAGAUUCGUGUUGCUGAAAAGAAGAAGUUUAUUGGAGCAGACGUCGAGUUUCGUGACGUUGUGGCUGAGAAUAGAUCUUCAGCACAAUUAGUACGAGUCUCACGUGACAGCAACGUUUCUGGCUUUGACGAUAGUACAGGCUAUCCUCCUUCUGAUCCAUCACCUGAGAAUAUUAGGAGGAGUGGUUCAAUUGCUGCUAACAAACCAUCUUAUGCUCCUCCACCUCCACCUGUUAGUAAUAUUGGUCAGGAGUCACCUAGGCCUGUUGUUAAACCGAUUGCUCCUCCUCCUCCUCCACCAGUUGAUCUUGCUCCUAUGCAGCAAUAUAAUGCUCCAGCUCCUCCCCCUCCUCCGCCCCCUCCAAUGGCAAAUAUACCGGCUCCUCCCCCUCCCCCACCUACUGCUGUCCCCAUUGAAGUGACAGCUCCAGCUGCAGCAGCAGCUCCAGUGGCUAAACCACCUGAUGAUCCUCGUAAUGACUUGCUUGCUGCUAUUAGACUUGGCAAGCAGUUGCGUAAGGUAGAGGAGCAAACUCAAGUUGAGAAGAAGCAGCAGUCUCACGGAAAUGAUGUUGCUUCAAUUUUGGCUCGUCGUAUAGCGUUUGAAUUGAGUGACUCAGAGUCAGGAUCAGAUGAUUCUGAUUCUGAUUCUGAUUGGGACGAUUAA